AUGGGGCUUGUGCCACUAAGGCUACUAGCAGGGGCUUGCCCCUGUCGAGGCGCUCUCCCCAUCCCGUCUGAGCUUGCUGAGAUAAAACCACGAAGCGUCAACUUCCGCCUAUGCCUAGCACGAGACAAGUUGUACAGCAGGUACAACUACGCAAAAUUAUUUUUUGCAAAGUUUGACCAAGCAUUUGUCUUGAGCAUACGUGCCUUGUUGAUCGAGUUGUGUGGGUGGACGCAAAAAGAAACUGGGAAGGAGAGUGGGUGCCCUUUUCCGCGUAAGAGGGGAAAGUGGUUUGUUUUCCGCUUUACCGUGAUUAAUCAGCUAACGCACGGUCUCACCUGA